AUGGACGCUCGUGGUAAAUGGGGGUUUUCGGCUUUACAGAGAAGCACAUCUGCAGUUCGCCAGUUAGGAUACGGUAGUAAUCCCGACAGUUUAGAUGAUUACUUAAAUAUGUCGGAAAGAUCGUCAUGUGACACCCUUAAUGCUUUUUGUGAUGGAGUCAUUCGAUUAUACCUGCAUGAAUAUUUGCGUAGGCCAACGCGUACUGAUACGCAACGCAUUCUUGAUCAUCAUGCGUCUUAUCAUGGUUUCCCCGGCAUAUUAGGGAGUCUUGAUUGGACACACUGGGCUUGGGAUAAUUAUCCAGUAGCUUGGCGUGGCCAGUACACGCGAGGUGACCAUCACGGGCCGACGAUAUCGCUUGAAGCAGUUGCGUCACAGGAUUGUUGGAUUUGGCACACAUACUUUGGUGUUGCCGAUUCAAACAACGACCUUAAUGUGUUGAACCAAUCUCCUUUGUUCAAUCCUUUUGAAGACGGCACAGCACCGUUGGUUCCUUUCACUGUAAAUGGAACCGAAUAUCAGUACCCGUAUUAUCUUGUGGAUGGGAUCUACCCAAGAUAUGCGAUGAUUGUCAAAACGAUUUCUCAUCCAACCGACAAGGACCACGCUAUAAGUCCUGAUUACAUUCCAGAUCCUCCGGUUGCGCUACAGCCAUCUGAUAAACGCCUGGCAGAGAUACAGAACCCAAACGUUCACGAAGAUCUUAAGAUGGAUCUCAUUGACCAUAUUCAUCACACAUUCAUCCCGGGCAUCGAGCGCUAG